UGACAGUGUUGUGUGAUUGGAUUUUGGCAGAUGGUUCAUAAGGGGUGUGAGAGCUGCAGGGAGUGGCAAGAGCACUACUACUGGGAGCACAUGGAUGUGACCAAGAUCCGGUUCUUCAAGCUCAUGACCGGAGAUUUCGCCAAGGGCAUUAGCAUACCAGAAAAGUUUGCAAAGAAUUUCGACGGGACUGGAAGUAUUGACCUGAAAACACCCAGCGGUGAAACAUGGAACAUCCGUGUCGACAAGCAUGUCGAUGAGCUGUUCCUCGUGUCUAGAUGGGAGGAUUUCGUCAAGGCUCAUAGACUGAGGGAGAAUGACCUCCUUGUCUUCACAUGCAGUGGCGACUCUUCCUUUGAUGUCCUGAUCUUUGAAGCGAGCGGCUGCGAGAAGGUUUCUUCUCUGUUUGGCAGCAGUACUGGUCCUGAUAUGCGCAAACGUCUAGAUGAUAUGGCAGAUAGGGGUAAACCGGGUAAACAAGCUGAGCAUUACGCUCUGACUGAUUCUGAGGACACUACCACACGGUCUCACCUGGCUGGAUUCCCUCAUCAUGCCUCUACUUCAAAGAAAUCUGGUAGCAGGAAUCCGAGGAAAAUGCCUGAAUCUCCAAACAGUAGCAGUGAUCAUGUUAAGCCCGAUGCGAUUGGCGAAGAGGAUAGUGAUGAAGAGCAUGCCAACUCCAAUUACUACUACUCAAGGGUCGCCAACCGGCUGAGCGAUGAGGAAAAGGAGAAAAUAAUCAGCUUGGCUUCGAUCCGACCAGACAAUCCUGCAUUUGUGACUGUUCUGCAGAUGAGCCAUGUUCGACGCAAGAGCAACUUUCUGAUCUUCCCCAGCCGAUUUGUUGCUGAUCACCUUGACAGUAAACUGCACGAGAUCACACUUGUCAGGCCGAAUAGGAAAGACAAGUGGUGCGUCAAGUACUGUUAUGGACGCGGCGCCCAAGGCAUCCGGAACUACACCUUCUCCAUGUUUGUGCAGGAAAACAGGCUCCGCGAAGGCGAUAUCUGCGCCUUCGAGCUGAUGAAAGGGGCAAGGAGGGUGACCAUGACCGUCCAUGCCAUCAGGAAGGUUGACUGCCGGUUUGUUCGCGUGGGCUAAAAGGUUGUUGUUUGUUCAACUGUAACCUCCUGAGAGGUGCUCAUGUACAGGUGUGGUUUUCUGCAGCAUGUCUAGUAUGUAGGACUGUAGGAGUAGCGGCUGGGAACUGAAACUGGGAGUGCCUAGUAAUGCUUUGCAUCCAAUGCAAGUGCACAUUUUGUGUCCUGUAAAAAGGUAACUUCUGGAUGCAGCCAUGAGCAAUGUGGUUACUAGAACAAACUGGGACCUGUGUGAUCUAGAAUGUUCAGAUGGUGGCUUUCCAGGGGGUGGUGUCUACAAUGUUCAGAUGGAACAAUUAGCUGGAAGCCAGGCUGAGCAGGAAAUACUGAGGGGGUGCCGUAGACAUCUGGACAGCAGCUCCAAAAAUUCAGGUUCUCCAUGAAGAAUUUUGUCGGAACUGAUUUUACCUCAUCCGAAUAAGGUUAUUCCGUUAUGGCGAUGGGGCCAAGACCAACGGGCUAGGUGGCCGGCCGGCGACCCGCACCCGCUGCCAGCGCGCACCGCUCCAUGCACCCCGCCCCGCGCCUCGCCGAGGGCCAGCGGCGGCCACGAACCGAUCCGGCUCCCCGCCGCCGCA